AUGUUGACAGUCCUGGUCGAGUUAUUGAAAGGGAACCCACUGGCUGCUGGGGGUACUGCGAUUACUGCGAUUAUACUGAUAUAUGUCAUAUAUCAGCGUUACCUCCACUCUUUGGCCAAAUACCCGGGCCCGUUCCUCGCUAGCGUCACAGACCUAUGGCAGGCUCAUCAGUUCUUUACCCUCCAACAGCCGUACAACCUGACAAAGCUUCACGAAAAGUACGGGCCUGUUGUCAGAUAUGGACCCGACAAACUGAGUGUCACAUAUGAAAGCGCCAUACCGAUAAUUUAUCAGAAAAGCGCAAGAUCUAUGCCGAAAACCGAGUUCUAUGAUGCUUACGGAGCCGCUCACCCAAAUGUAUUCGGCAUGCGCGAUGAAAUAUUGCACUCCACAAGACGACGUCAUAUGUCACAUAGUUUCUCCUUGAGUUAUAUCAAAGAAAUGGAGAAGUACAUGGACCUUAACAUCCACAUCUUAAAGGACCGGAUUCGGACUUACUGCUCCACGGGAGAAGUUUUCAACCUCAAGAAAUUACUACAUUACUAUAUGAUUGAUGUGAUAGGCGAACUUGCCUUUAGCCAGUCCUUCGGGGUACAAGAAGCUGAUGACGAGUUGCUUGUCCCUCCCGUGAUCGAGCACAGCCUUUUAGCCGCCGUGACAGGCGCAUGGCCUUGCAUGACAAAGACGUUGAAGAAGUGGCUCCCUAUUGUACCACAUGAUGGCCUUCGAAAGCUCUUUGCAGGCCGGAAGGCUUGUGCUGAUCUUGCUUCGACAUGCGUUCAGCGUCGAUUGGCGGACCUUAAGGGCGAUGAAACCUCUUCCAGCAUGGAGGAUAGAAAGGAUAUAUUGACCAACCUGAUUAAGGCCAAACACCCUGAGACAGGCGAGAGACUUACACGAAUUGACCUGGAAACAGAGGCGUUUGGUUUUAUUAUCGCGGGAACCCACACAACCAGCGCUACCUCAACCCUCUUAUUUUACCACCUCCUCCACAGCCCCGAACUUAUGAGGAAAUGUAUCGAAGAGAUCGACUCUAACCUCCCAGUGCUCGAGCCCACCGAGUCCGCAUACUCCGUCACCGCCGCCGAAUCCUCCCUCCCAUUUCUCCGGAACUGUGUGCGCGAGAAUUUCCGUAUCACACCAGUCUUCACAAUGCCGCUAGCACGCCGCGUCAUGGACCCAGCAGGGAUAACCAUCGAGGGCAACCAUUUCCCCCAAGGGACAUCCCUCGCUGUCUGCAACCACGCCUUCCACCACAACCCCACCGUAUGGGGCCCAGACCAUAACAUCUUCAAUCCAACCCGAUGGGACGACCCCAGCGUGAACGCCAAGGCACGCCUCUUGAUGCAUUUCGGCCUGGGUGGCCGACAGUGUAUCGGGAAGACGGUAGCCACGACCAACAUAUACAAGCUGUUCAGCACGCUUCUCAAGGAAUUCACGUUUGAGCUAGCGGAUGAACAGGAGCGGGCGGAUGUGGAAAUGGGGAUGUAUAAGGGGACGAUCCCCGACCUGGUCAGUGUUGGAAUUAGUGACAUGAAAGGACCAUUGCUUGUUAGGGCUAGGAUUCGUUGA